AUGGAGCACCUAAAAAGUGAGCGUGAUCAGCGCCUAAGAAGCCCUGGGCGCGCGAUGAGCGACGCAGAACGUCGAGCGGAAUUUGGAACCAGUGACGGUAGGAUAGAAGAUAGUAGACAGGGCAGUACCCAGAGGCCGGUUGCAGAAACUGCUUCGAGAGUUCCUCGAAUUUCGCUGCUAUUAUGCGAUCCAAUUGCAGAGGCGGUGUCAGUGAAUCCGAUGGUUGAGAGGUUGGAGAAUUCGUUAGAGCCUGCUUUUGUGUAUCGCUCGAAAAGACUGAUACAUUUUCAUGAGUGCUAUCCGCAGUGCGAGUAUAAUAAUCGUGGUGCUAGGUAUGCGUUAAGUAAAGAAGAACAACCAGCGGAGAAGAAGCAGAAAAAGAACGUAAAGCGGCCUGAAGAUGUGAGAUUUAGAGGAGGUUUUUUGAGGAAGACCAUGUUUCGUCACUAUGAUACAGAGAUCCUGAAAUACAGCCUUAAGAGAACCAGCGCAAUAGACAAGUUUCCUAAGUUCGAGCAAGUUUUGCGAGAUGUCAGGGAAAUUAUUGUAAACUAUGAGAUAAUGUCUAUUAACGCCCUGGGGCCGUAUCUAGAUGGCAAAGCACAAUCUUUAGGAGAUGACGUGAAGCAUUUCCGCACUAUAAUUGCUUUGAAGAAAGAACAGAGAGAAAAUCAUGUAUCUUUGGUCUUUGGAGUUAACCCUGAUGAUGUUAAAGACAAGAAAGACGUUUUUCACUUCUCCAUUAUUUCGAGGAAAUGUGAGCAUAACGACGCUGCUGCAAAUCUAACCAAGGGAUGGCUACACUUGGUAGCCAACUAUGAAUUGGCGUUGUUGUUAGAAUUUAUCUUUGGAGAUAUAGAUGAGAACAUAUGGGCUAAUGACGAACUGCUUAGUUCCGAAGUGGCAAACGAUCCUAAAAAGAGAUACCAAUCUAGGAUGAGAUCUCGAUACAAGGGUGCGAUUUUUAUUACAGUUUAUACUUCUCGUAAGUUGAAUAAGGAAGCACCAGGUUUUUCUGAAGUGGAUGGUGAAGAUGAUGCAUCCCCCGACUCCCCUUCUGUCAGCAGUAUUAACUCAAAAAUGAAGGUGAAGUGUAAGACAUUAAGACUAAAGGCUGCUUUAUAUGAUCAGAUGUUAUCUUAUAGAAUAGGAAUUACCGGACAACCCUCCCACUCAUUAGUAAAGGCAGAUAAACUGAAAUGGAUUAUUGAACAUUCUUUGGCGGCAUAUUCGUGGGUGAACCCAGCCAAAGCACCAAUAGGAGGAUAUAUCAGACUAUUUUAA